AUGGUAUUGGGCCGUACUUGCCCGCCCGCCGCCCGGCCGCCGGCGCCUCGCCCGCCGCCCAGCCGCCGGCGCCUCGCCCGCCGCCCGGCCGCCGGCGCCUCGCCCGCCGCCCGGCCGCCGGCGCCUCGCCCGUCGCCCGCCCCCGCCCGUCGCCCGUCGUCUGUUGCCGCCCACCGCCGCCUGCCGGCCACCGCCUGCCGACCGCUGCCGGCCGCCCGCCGCUGCCGGCCGCUCGCCGUCGCCGGCCGCUCGCCGCUGCCGGCCGCUCGCCGCCGCCGGCCGCUCGCCGCUGCCGGCCGCUCGCCGCCGCCCGCCCUCCGUCGCCAUCCGCCGCUGGCCGCCCGUCGUCGGCCACCCGUCACCGCCGUCGGCCGCUCGUCGCCCGCCAUGACCCGCUCGUCGUCGACCGCCCGUCACCCACCGUCGGCCGCCCGUCGCCCGUCGUCGGCCGCCCGAGUCGGCCGCCCGUCGCCCGCCGGCUGCCGCCCGCCAGUCGCCGCCCCCCGGUCGUCGCCGCCCGCUCGCAGCCGGUCGUCGCUCGCCCUCCCCCGGCCGCCACCCGCACGGCGCCGGCCGUUGCCCGCCCACCCCUGGCCGCCGCUCACCCCCCAUCCAGGCCUCCGCCCGCCGCUGGCUGGCGACGCUUGUCGUUCCCCGCCGUCGCCGGGAGUCGUCGACCGACGGUGCUGGCCGGCGGUGCCGACCGCUGGUUGCCGGUGGCUACCACAAGCUUACACCCUAUCAAAUGUAGCCUAA